AUGCCAAAAAUUGUUUCAAGCUCUAUAGUCUCAUCGUCAGAACAGACAAAUGCACGUCCUGAACAACAUCUUCAUGUUUACUACUGCUUAUGUAGCGAAUUCAUUUUGGUUAUAGACGCUCGUCUAGAUAAGCUACCUCGGCGCACAACGGAUAGGUCUCAUAUAAUUGCGAAUGGAAAACGAGUCUACAAACUAAAUGCGAUAGAAUCAGGGACACCGGUCAUUUUGAAAAGAGCAGAAGGAUACGAAAAACAAUAUAGACUGCAUUGCCCACGCUGUAGCCUUUUAAUUGCUUACGAACUCACCGAGAAACGUAAAACCGGCCCUUAUACAUAUAUCCUCGAGGGUAGUCUUACCGAAAAUCAAGGCGUUGUACCACACGACGCGAUUGCCGACGAAUGA